CAACGGUCAGAAGUCAGAACAACGUCCCUUCCGUUACUUUCAUAACGGUCACAUUUACACUCUUCACUACACAACCCUCUCUCUCUCUCUCUCAUUCCUCUCUCUCUCUCUCUGCUAGGAUCAAUGGAACCCGCGAAAAUCGAUUGGAAGAAUCUAGAAUGGAACUUCGCUGUAGACGAACUCUACGAACACCUCAACGCACCCAAAUUCGUCGACUUCUUGUCGCUCAAUCACAACAUCAACAACAACGAUGAUGAAGCUUGGUUUUGCAAACCUGAUUGCAAUCAUCCUAAAACAGCAGAGGAUUUUCUCAGAUCACCAAGCCCUUUCAAGGCUAGUAGAAGUUCAUUUUAUUUCUCAGAAAAUCUUCCAAGUAAUGACCAGAGUAAAAGAGAUAUGAAACUCAAGAGAAGGGUGCCACCCAUUUCAUCAUCUUCUCCUCAAGAUGAUAAAUUCAGAUUCAACAUAGAUAGCGAAAACCAAAACCCGAAUUUGGUUACUCCUCAAUUAAAGUCCACGAAGGCUUUCAUCAAGUCAAGUGAUGAGAAGAAGAAGCCAGUUGAUGACACAUUGCAGGAAAACACGGUGGUGCCUUCAUUGAAAUCAACUCUUUCCGCGAAGAAUUUGUUUUCGAGACGGCCUAUUUUGAAUCAAAUCACAGAAUUCUGCAAUGAAUUGAAGAGAUUGGCAAUAAGAGCUAGGGAGAGGGAAAAUACUGAAAAUUUGAACCCAAUAGAGAGUAAGGAAGAGGUUGUUGUGCAUGAGCAGACUCCGCCGGUUAAAGCUGUGGCAGAAAGGAAACCACUGCUUGAAAUGAGUAAGGUUGAAAGAUUGGAGGGGAUGAGUGUUAAAGGAAAGCUAAACCGAAAGAAAAGACCAGACGAGGCAGAAAACAUGCCUAUAACUCUUGACUUGGAGAAUGUAAGACACAAGAGGGAGAAUAAUAUCUUACAACAGAUUCGAACAAAUCCUCCGUCUCCUCAGUGCUUCUCUGCAGGACUCACUAAACCUAACCCUUCAAAGGGUUCCAGAUCCCGGCUAAUGGAGAGAGGAAUACUUGAAGGAGUUGAGCAAAACAAAGAAGUUGCAAAGGACAACAGCAAAAGUAUUACAGUAAAUGAUGGAAGAGAAACCAAAGCCUUGGACAUGUUUUGGUUCUUCAAGCCUUGCACAGCAAUGUCAAGCUGAAUUUCACUUGAAAUUACUCCGGCUCAAAAGUGAUUAUAAAUUCAUUCAUUCUUUUAUUUCUUGUAUCAUAUAAGAAUUUGAAACUGAUGAUUCAAUACACUUGUACUGAACCUAAGAUAUAUCAAUAAAUUGUUAUCUACAUAUUUGCAUGUGACUUA